UACAGUUUAUGUCAGUGACAUGUUUUCAGAGUUGCAUAAGGUACCACAGCGUAAGGUAAAGUAAGGUAAACAAUGUGUGUUCGGUUAUUUUAAGCACAACCGCUUUAAUUCUCUGAUAUUGAUACAUUAAAUUGGCAGAGCACCAACAGUACGUAAUGAUAGUCGCUGUAGCCAUGGAUGUAUAAAGAGAGUGUAACCAAGGAAACAAAAACCGGAAAGAACACACACGGCUGAAGGCGCGGUAACGUUACGUAGAUUGUUUGUAAAUAAUGGCUGAUGAUCACGGAUUGACAAAAACAAGACCCAACUCCUCCGAGUCUCCAGCUGAAUCACCUGAAAGCAUUGGAACCACCGGCAGGGGUGUGAAUGCAUCUCCUUCCUGUUACUCAGACGUGUUGAACGCAUCCCAAACAGGAUAUGCAAAGAAGGAAUUUAUUUUGAUGGCACCUGAAGAAAAACUCAAACACUUCAACAGACGAGCUCAGGCAUUUGAAGACAACCAAGAGACUGAUGCUUGCAUCCAGGACCUGGUGCGUUGUGUGGCUCUGACUAGGCUGGUUUAUGGAGAUGGACAUCUGAAACUAGCCCAGGCCCAUGCCAGACUGGCUCAAGCAUACUUCCAGUUCAAAGGCUGGGGACUGCAGGCCCAGGAGCACUCAGCCCUGGCCAGAGAUCUGCUUCCUUUCUGCUCCUCCGUCUCCUCCGGCAGAUGUGAAAAGCUUGAGGUUCUCCUGUGUCUUCUGAACAUACACCUCACUCAGGGAGGCGCUUCACUGCUGACCGCCAAUCUCAAGGAGGCACAAUCCUCUUUUCUUGAGGCCGAACAAGUUCUUGAGGAGCUUCAUCAAAAGGGUGGCAUCAACCAGGAAGAGAAGAUGAGGACUGAGAUGGAACUCUCUACUGGUCUAUUCAGGGUCUAUAGGAGACAAAACAGGCCAGAGGAUGCAUUAAGCCAGUGUGAGAAGUCUUUGCAAGUGCUGAAGGACUGUGGUAAGCCAGAGAAGACAUGUUCCGUCUACAGGGACAUGGCUGCCAUCGAACAGGACAAAGGUCAUCUGGACCGAGCCAUAGAGCAUCUCUCCAAGGCUCAUGCCAUUGCUAUGAGUCACAGCCCAGAGGAACUGGAGGGGGCUCAGAUCUGCCACAACCUGGCUCUCCUCCUUUCUGCUGCAGCAGAGCCCCGUCACAAUGACUCUGCAGGUCACUACUUUGAGCAGAGUCUGAGUGCAUACAAACACUGUGCAGGCCCACAAGAUCCAGCCUUUCUCACGGCCCAGGAUGAUUUCUGUCGUUUCCUCCUCCUCAGUGGCCAGCAAGAGAGAUGUGUGGAGAUCCAGAGAGCUUCUCUUGCGACAAAGAGAUCUACUUUUGGUGAUCUGACUGCUGAGGUAGCAGACACCCUUCAGUUGAUAGGAAGUGUGGAGAUGAGUGAGAGCAGGGUCAAGCAGGCCCAUAGGACCAUGACAAAGUGCCUGGCGAUCCAGAAUUUGUUGUACGGCUCUCAGCACAAGAAGACAAAAGCUACACAAAAAGCUGUGGACAUGCUGGCCCGGGCACCAGAGGUGGCUGAGAGACAGCAGAGGCGAGGGAGAAAAAAAACAAAACCUCACACACAGUCAUUUUCACCAUCCGCUGGCAAUGAUGGACACUCAAUGUCUGACUCUUAGAAUCGAUUAUUUGAUUAAUUUGUCAGAACAAUGAUCUUGCAUGUUUGGACCUAGAACUAUAUCAAAUUUAAAAAGUGUGUCUUUCUUUUAUAUAAUAACACAGACAGCUACCAAUGUUGAUAAUGACCUUCAAUUGGCUUGUCAUGUCUAAUGGAAUAAUGUGAUAUUGAGUAAUAUUAGUAGCAUAUGAAGAAAUACCCACACUCAGAAAUCAUACACACAAUAGAUUUUAAUUGUGUUAAUCAAUUUCAACAUGGGCUGGAACCUUUUUCACCAAUAAGCAAUAAUGCCAGUUGUUAAACAUAAAUGAUUAUGUCAGUAAAAGCAAUGAUGUUUGACAAAGACAUGUUGGACAUUUGACUCAUUAAACAUUCCUCAUACAUCAAUAGAUUUUCUGUAUGCUGAUGAACACAUUUUAAUACAAAGAAAUGGCACAUUAUCCAGAUUACACUUUGUACAUAGAUGCACAGUAACCUUGCAAAUAUUCCUAAUCAAGCCACAGGUUAAGUGCACUGAUGUAAUCAUAUUUUGUUUCGAUAAUUGCAGUUUGCUGAGUAGAAUUUAUGGAUAUAUGCUGUCUCUGGGCACUUAAAUGCAGGUAUUUUUAGUUAAGGUUUUAUUCAGUAUAUUUCUAACAAUUAACAUAUUUAUGAAGCAUCGAUGCUUAACUUUGUGUAUUUGCACAUUACUUUAGCAUGAUAGAGCCAAGGGUUAGCCAAUCUUUGAAGAAAUGACUUGAUAGUUACAAAGUGUACAUUUUGCAGACACAUUAUGCAAGACUAGUCUGUAAUCAAACUGGACCAUUUCUGCCUCUGCAACUACUACGCAACAUAACAAAACCUAAUGAGCAGUGAAUUCUGCUAAGCUGCUCAUCCAAAAAUAGUCACGGUCAUGGACACGUAUGUUCGAGCAAAGGUGAAUCCUUCCUGUCGUCACUGUGAUUGCCAACAAAUGCUUACAAGCCAAAAGGCGUCUACACAAGACAUACUGUACAUCAAACUACAUGUGAUUAAAUGUUCAACACUA